AGCUGCGAAGUAUAGGUUUGUGGUUUUCAGCAGGAGCGAUGCUUGGUACAAUGAUUCUUCUUUGGCAAGUGCUUGCUCCAGGACCUUCUAAGUAAUCAUCCCUCUUUCUCGAUUUGACCUUUGUCACUUGGUUUCCGUCUUCCUUGCUCCUGCAAUGGCAUUGACUCCAGUUAUUUUGUAGGUUGUGUAGACGUCUCAAUCGUUCAUUAAUAUCUGAUGGUACACUUCCUUUCUCUCAUAAUUGUUGUCGAGCCUAUGUUUUCUUGAACACAUCCAUAUCAUUUUGACUCGCCUUUGAACGACUAUUUCACGGCAUGAAAGGGUCUAGAUGGAACAUACUCGAAAGAGUCAUACGUCUAGAAAGAUGGAGGCCUUCCAGCACCUACUGCUUUCAUAUUGGCGAGCAUAUAUUCCUAACGUCAACAUGUGAAACUCAGACAUGCUUGUCUAUCGGAACAACUUAUCAUGUCGAAACGAAAACUCUCAGCUCGAGGUUCAAAACCCGAUUCGACUAUGGUAUCGAAACAAUUGCGAGACCUACCAUUGGCGAAUGCAAAUACACCAUACCCGUACAGAGCCCUGAGUGAUCCGACCAGCCAAAUUCGCAUUCUUGCCAUAGCUCCUGGCGCAGGGCGAGAUCCCAUCGUUGGUCAAUUCCUUAUUAGGACCUUUUCAAAAGAUGAUGAUAGGUUGCCCAACAGGGCGGAACGACAACAAGCUUACGAAGCUCUUUCGUAUGCUUGGGAAGGAGCUGUGACAGGUAGCAUUCGACUAUGGGAUCAUGACAUGAAGUUGCUCUACAAUGUCAAAAUCACGCAAACUCUUUAUUCUUGCUUGAAACAAUUGAGAUCUGGCCAGAGCAAGAAGUUUCUCUGGAUUGACAGCCUUUGCAUCAAUCAACGGAGUCACGAUGAAAAGUCCGACCAAGUCGGCAUCAUGGGAACCAUCUAUCGUCGAGCAGCAAAGGUUUGUGUUUGGCUUGGUGACAAGUCUGAUGACAGUGGUUGCGUUUUCGAAUUCAUCAAGAAGAUUGUUGACCUUGAUGGUAUCGAAGCGGUCAUUGGAAAGGAGCGCUACACCAGGAGGUGGAGAGCUUUUGGAAGUCUUAUGCGAAGAAGAUGGUUCUCACGGCGUUGGUGUAUUCAAGAGAUCGCUUUGGCGGCUUCAGCUACUGUUUACUGCGACACUCAGUCGAUCUCUUGGAAAGACUUCGCUGCAGGCGUUGCUCUGUAUGAAGAACAUAGUGAAGAAGUGCUCCGAAAUCUUGUCAAGCAUGAGAAGCAGGAUACCAAUACAAGAGCCGUGACUGUCGAAGUACAAGCCUUGGGAGCGCACAGUCUAGUCAAGACCCUCAGUCAACUUUUCCGAGGCGGAAAAGACAAAGGUCAAAUCUCAAGAUAUCAACUUUCUCUGGAAACGCUCAUGUCAAUUCUUCCUAACUUUGAUGUGAGCAAUUCAAAGGAUGCUCUGUACGCAGCCCUUUCUUUAGCAAGAGACUUCCAACAACCAGACUGGCGAAAGGACAGCAAUCGAGCGACCAUCGAAGGACAUGAUGUGCUUGCGCCAAACUACAACAAAACCACUCUUGAAGUUUAUCUCGAUUUUGUUAAAUACUUUAUCCGGACAUCGAAGAAAUUGGAUAUUAUCUGUGUUCCUUGGGCCCCAAGCUUGAAAGGAGAUGAGGCUUACAACUCCUUUCCCUCAUGGAUAAGACCUGUGUCACAACGACCAUUCAGCCAGCAAGAAGAUAUCAAGAAUGGACAUUUCCGCCGUGAGAAUGCUGAUACUCUGGUCGGUCGUCCGGACGAGACUGUGUACAACGUGUCGGAGGGUACAGCAGUCAAAGAAUGGAAGAUUUACCACGACGAGUAUCAUAACUGGCGUCUCCUAGUCAAGGGGCGAAACGUGGGACGCAUAGGUCAGCUGGGAGAUGCAGCAGAAAACGGUUCUAUCCCACUCGCUUGGUUGGAGCUUGCAGUUGAAGUAGAGAGACGCCAAAAGGCUCGUGUCAAGUCUAAAAUUUCAUAUGGAGCACACUCGUUGAUGAGCACCAAGUCCGGACAAGGGCCAGAACACCAUCACAACCAUCAUAAAACAAGAAGGCCUCUUUACAUCCCAGAUUCGUUUUGGAGGACGCUUGUUGCUGAUAGGGGUCCCGGUGGCGCAACGACUCCAACUACGUAUCCUCGAGCCUGCCAGAAAUGCUUCACCCAAGCUCAACCGAGCGCCGCGCAAAAGCUAGCAGGUAGAGCUGGAUAUGUUAAGACGGCAGAUAUGAUCCACAAAGCAGUCUGGAACUCUAAAGAAGUGACCGAAAAAGCCAAGUUGGCAUUUCUUCGACGGGUGCAAGCGGUGACGUGGAACAGGAAAUUCAUGCUCACAGAACGGGACAAUAUUGGCUUGGCACCUCCAGAGGCCAUGGUUGGUGAUAUGAUCGUAUUGUUGUGGGGAUGUAGUGUACCUGUCAUCUUGAGAGAGCUUCAGCCUAGGAAGGUCAAGAAGGAUGGGAGAUUGGAUGAUGGCAAGUACAAGCUGAUUGGAGAGUGCUAUAUUCAUGGGAUUAUGAACGGGGAGUUUUUGGAGGUCAAUGUUGGGAUUGAGACGAUGAAGGAUGACUCUAAUAGGGUGUUUGAUAUUGUAUGAUUCCUUUAGCUUUGGGGGAGGGGGCAUUCGGUCCGCAUGUAGUACUUCCAUGCCUAGUAAGAGAGGAGUGGCAGUUACAGUUUCUCAAAAUUCAGAUCUUCCAAUCAUUCGUCAGCACAAGAAGAACCAACUGUUGAAGCACUUAGUGCAAUAUGAUCUCAGAAACGCCAAUCACCUGGAACCUAUCCU